GCAUGCGCAACAGAACCCGUUGUGCGCCGCUCUCCCCACUGUUUGCAUUGUGUCUGAACUGAAGCGAGAGCCGGACCGGCGAGCCCGUUCUUCGAAUAUUAACCGCCCUCCCUACCGCGGCAAUGUCGGGCAGGUCGGUCCGAGCGGAGACCCGUAGCAGGGCCAAGGAUGACAUCAAGCGGGUUAUGGCCGCUAUCGAGAAAGUACGAAAAUGGGAGAAGAAAUGGGUGACCGUGGGAGACACGUCACUUCGCAUCUACAAAUGGGUGCCAGUGACGGAGCCCAAGUCUGAUGAGAAAAACAAGAACAAAAAGAAAGGCAAGGACGAGAAAUACGGUUCCGAGCUGACGACUCCGGAGAACAGUUCCUCUCCCGGCAUGAUGGAUAUGCACGACGACAACAGCAACCAGAGCUCCAUCGCCGACUCGUCACCCAUCAAACAGGAAACCAGUUGUAGCACCAGUCCGGCACCAGAGUCCACCGGCGCGCCCAACCGCGAAAACAGCGACGGGAAGACCGAGCAAAGUCCCGACAGUAAGAGCGCGGAAGCAACCAAGCGAGAGGCGGACAAAGACUCCCCGGACAGCAAAGCUACUCAGGAUGUGGACCAAGAGGCCCCGCCUAGCAAGAAGUGCAAAGUGGAGUCUCAGGACUUUGAGGAGAGUUAAAAGCUUCCUCAAAAACCUCCCCCUCCAUUAACUCUAUUAGGGCUAAUGGACUCACAGAUUCUCCCCUCGAGCCCCCCCGCCCCUUAACCCCUUCAGUACCAAAGGGGAACUUGCCACCUCGAACCUCCCCGCCAAACCCCCGCCCUGUUUCCCGACACGGAUCUUAGAAACUUGACGCCGCGCUUCCAGUCCAUCAACGAGGAGCAUCUGCCUGGACCGGGGAGGAUUCCAGGGGUUUAAGGGGGAGGGGGGUUUCCUGGAUGGUCCAGCUAGACUUGAUUUUAGGAUUUCUUUUCCUCAGGAGGGUCAAUGCACUGUUACAGAAAAUGGAUCACGGGGGGAAAAAAACGUGCUGCUGUUAGUGGAAGUCUCUUCUCUCUUGCCACAUAGGCGUGUUGAUGUCUCUGUUGUUAGCUCAGCACGGAGUCGGAAGGAAAUAUCAACAUUUUUGAAACAAAUCUGCUCGAAAAAUGAACGAAAACCCUCACCAAGUUUUGCAAUAUGAACUAUUUAAAUGGCAUUGACUGGGGGGGUUUGGCAGUGAUCGAACCGUCAACGGCAGUGAAACAGCUACUAGAUAUCCCAGUUGAAACAGAUUCGAUGUCUAUCGCUGUCAAUGGUAGUGAAGUUAAACGACAGGGAAAUGUUUCCACUGUGAACGGAUUGGCUGCCACUGACAGCAAUAAAUGUCCAAUCUAUUUCAAUCAGUCUUAAUAGAUUGGACUUCUACCGCUAUCAAAUGCAUAGCUUAAUGGUAGACGCCAUUAUAUUAAAACUAGAAGUUAAAAAAAAAAAUAAUAGGAAAAACGUUUAUUUCAGGGCAUGUCCCGAUCCAAUACGGCUAUUUUUGGAGUAUCCGACAAUAUCGGAUUUGGUCACAAGAACCGGAUCUGACUCACCGUCAUACAAAAAAUGGGAUUUCUCGUUUACUGGCUUCAUUAUUUUUUUUGCAUUAUUUUUAGUGGUCUUAAAAUAUAAGUAUCGGCAAAAAAUCGGGACAUCCCUAGUGGAAGGCUAUUCAAAAGUUGACACUGAAGACCUUUAACCCUUUCUUUAUAGAGCAAGUGACUAUUUUUUGGCCAUUUGAAAAUGAAAGUAUAAAAAUAUUUGUUCAAAAACUAUACAUUAUUGUAUCAUUCUCAUAUUUUUAUAAUUAUGAAUAAACUCAUACAAUGUCAGUAAAAAGCUAAAUUCACAAAAUUUAAUUCAUUUAACAUUCUAAAAUAGAUUUUUUUUCAUAGUAUUGAUGGCAACAGAAGUCCAAACAGUUUUAUCCAAUCAUUCGCCAUUGAUUUUUGGCCACUUACUGUUGACUUUGGAUUACUAGACAGGAAGUGACCUGUAACAAACGUCCCUCCGCCCCUCACAGUCGAAACAGUUUGGAUGUCUAGCACUGUCAAUGGCAGCCAACGAGUUCAAUGACUGUCCUGAAAGGUUUAAAAAAUAUAUAUUAAAAACUAAUGGCCCCUAUUCCAAGUUACCUGGAAAUGUCCUGAAAUGAACGGAAAGUGACCCGAAAUUGAUGAGAAGUGACCCAGAUAUGCCCCAAAAUCAACAGGAAGCGACCCAGAAAUGCCAUACUAUCAACCGAAAUUGACCCGAAAUCAAUAGGAAGUGACACAGGAGGAGCCCUACAAUCAACAGGAAGUGACCCAGAGAUAACCCCAAAACCAACAGAAAGAGCUGAAAUCUAUAGAAUUUGCCCCAUGAAUGUUCCACAUUCAACCAAAAGUUAACUGAAAUCGACGGGAAGUGACUGACGAACAAGAAGUGACCCAAAAUCAAAAGACACACUCAAAAUUAAUAGGAAGUGACCCAGAAAUGCCCUACAAUCAACCGGGAGUGACCCAGAAAUGCCCUACAAUCAACCCAAAGUUACCUGAAAUCAAUAGGAAGUGCCUGACGAGCAGGAAGUGACCUAGAAAUGUCCCAAAAUCAUUAGGAAGUAACCCAGAAAUGCCCCAAAGCCUACAGGAAGUGCCCCAAAAAUGCCCUGAAAUCAACGGGAAGUGCCCCGGAAAUGCAGAAAGUGACCGAUGAACUGAACAGAAAUGACCCGAAAUAAACAAGGAAGUGGCCCAGAAAGGCCUUACAGUCAACCAAAGGUGACCCAGAAAUGUCCCAAAACUGACACCCGAAAUCGAUAAGAAGUGACCCAGAAAUGCCCUACAAUCAACCGAAAGUGACCCAAAACCAAUAGGAAAUGACCCAGAAAUGCACUAAAAUCAACAGGAAUUGACCCAGAAAUGCCCUACAAUCAACCAAAAGUGACCCAGAAAUGUCCCAAAACCAACAGGAAAAGCCCUACAAACAACACCAAGUGACCCAUAAAUGUCCCGAAAUCAAUAGGAAGUGACCCAGAAAUGCCCUACAAUCAACCGAAAGUGACCCAAAAUCAGUAGGAAAUUACCCAAAAACGCACUUAAGUCAACAGGGUGAUCCAAAAAUGCCCUACAAUCAACCAAAAGUGACCCAGAAAUGUCCAAAAACCAACAGGAAGAGCUCUAAAAUAAACACAAAGUUGCCCAGAAAUGCCCUACAAUCGCCCCAAAUCCAACAGGAAGUGUCCCGAUGACCCAGAAAUGCCCUACAAUCAACCAAAAGUGACCCGAAAUCGUUUGGAAGUGACUGACGAACAGGCAGUGACCCAGAAAUGCCCUACGUUCAACCAAAAGUGACCUGAAGUCAAUAGGAAGUGACCCAGAAAUGGCCCAAAGCCAACCAAAAGUUUGCCAAAAAUGCCCCGAGAUCAUCAUUAAGUGACCCAAGAAAUGCCCCAAAAUUAAAUUCGUUGGUUGCCAUUGACGUCCAAUCCAUUGGUGUUCAUUCGCUGCAAACCUCCCACUUCAAACGAAUUGGACGUCUACUAAUGAUGACCUUAAUUCAAUGUCACAGCAGAAGGAUGAAUAUAGUCCCGCCUUCUGAUGACAUCACCAUACUACGUGGUCGGAGAGAAGAGACGCUGUUCGGAGGACGGAUUAGCAUAUACCUCAUUCCCAAUCCAGCCGCGCUGGAGUUUCCAAUGUUAUUCAUUAGCAUUAAUACGUUGUCGCUUUUCACCCCAAUUUCACCGAAUGAAAUAUUCAAUCUUGUACUCUUAUUUUUCUCUUCUCACAAUCCUCUGGACCAUUUUUGUUUUUUGUUUGUUUCACUUUAGAAUUUGUACAGAUUUAUGCUUCGGUUUGACUUAUUUAUUCCAUCAAGUAGUUCUCGGUUUUUAUCGUCCGAUGGUUUUUUGUUUUCUUAAUAAAAUUUGGAAAAACAACAACCGAUUCGGGUUUUCUUGGACUCGCUUGGGGGAGGAAAAUCAUAAAAUAUGGCACGAAUAUCAAAGCCCCAAACAGUUUUAGUUGACUAAUCAUUUUACACACUACGUUUAUUAUGUUGCAGAAAUCACGUAAUGUUUUC